CUUUAGACAUAUUUGUGGUUGCAUCUUCUUGAUGAAUGGGGAAAGGAAUAAGGUUUUCUAAAGCAGUGAGAUAAUGGGGUGAUACAAGUUCUGAUGUCUUCUUUGUUUGCUUGUUAACAAUGUGAACCUUUUAAAGAUGAGUAUUCUAGCAGAUGCAGUAAGAAAAGGUUGUGAAGAUAUAAUUUUAGGGGGGAAAAAAGUAAUGAUUAUAACAGAAAUAAUUUUAAGUAAGAAAUCCCAGUCAGAUGUAUUAAUACACAUGAAUUUACAGAUUAAUUCCUGUGAUCAGAAUCUGAACCGAUGCUGUGAAAUAAUAGAACUGAAUUCUCAGAUUCAAGGGCAGCUCUUCACAAUCCUCAAUGAAACAUCUCGAGAAGGUGGGCAUUAUGCAGGUAUGGAAACAAUAAAAACUCGCCUCCUGCCAUGGCUAGGGACUUCCUGUGCUACUUCAGGAAGGCUCUUUGAAACCAACUCCUCUCUCAUUCAGGAUUCAAUUGAGAAAGAGAAGCAGCUGAGAGAGCUGGAUAUCAAUCAGACUUGUCAACUUCAGGAGCUGCAGGAAGAACUGACUUCAACUCGCCUACAGCUCAACCGUGUGCAACAAGAUCUGGCAAAAACCCAGUUGGCUCUUGAAGAUGCAAAGACCAAAUCCGCCUCUACUCUUUUGGCAGCAGAAGAUGAAAUUAUUCAGCUAAAAGCAGCACUGAAGACUUCCUGUGCCCAAGAGAAGGAUGCCCUGAAGAAGUUAGAUCGUCUGAAUGACUAUGAGCAGCAGAUUCAGAUACUGCGGGAUGAGAUUUCUAUCCUGGAUGCCCAAAAGUCUGUUCUCCGGAGCAGGCUUGCACGGAGCCGCUCUCCGUCCCCAACGAGCAGGUCGCUGAGCCCGCUUCGCCUGCGGAGCUGCUCCCCCGGCCGCGCCAGGCGCACCAAUGCCUCCCGGCGCAGCGGCCUGCUCGCCCGCUUUGGGGACAUCUAUGCUGAAGAGCGUCUGGAUGCAGAGACCCUUCUGAGGACAUACAUCAGUGACAUGGAGAUGGUGCGGAGGAUAAUAUACAUUGCAGCUGUGGAGUCUUUUCAUGCAGCAAAGAUGGCCUACAGGCAGUUCAAAAUACGUGUAAGAGAAACUCUGUCUUUGGGUCACUCGGGGCCUGAGUCACUUGAAGACGCUGUCCUAGAUUAUAUAGUUCGCCAUGAGGAUCUGUAUGACGUUCAAGCCAGUGUCAAUGAAGUAAUUCGCUGCAUGAACAUCAACCCAAAGAUUUCAUUUCCACCAGAAAUUGAUUUCAUUGUGAUCAGCACUUUGAUUCGAGAGUUGUGCCGUGUGGCUUUUUCAAUGCAGACUCUCAUUCCUCCUCUUGAUAUUGCCUUUAGUACUGAUGGAGAACUUUUCAGUGAGACCAAGUACCAUCGUAGUUUGGACUCUGAUUUCACAGCGGUCUUGGUGGCGUAUCAUGUAUGGCCUGCUCUCAUGGAAAAUAAUGUUGUGGUGUUGAAGGGAGAGGCAGUCACAAAAAGGGGAGCUCUGUGCUGUCGCAGAAGUAGAAGUAAAAGUAGAAGUAGAAGCUGCAGUCGUAACAGCAGUCCUCUUCGAUGUCGUCAUUUGUCUCGAAGCUGCAGUCCUUCACUGAGGAGUGGAAGCCCAAGGCGUUAGCUGAGCCUGUGCCUGUAAUUCAGCAGGUCUGGAUCCAACAACUUCACUGUGCCUUUCCUCCUCAGGAGUACCUCAGGUCUCACAAUAAUGUGAAUGGCAAUUGUCACGCAAAUGGAGUUUGUGUUCAGUGUGGUUUUUAGAAUUAUAGGUUUAUUUACAAUUUUAGAAACUAAUACAACCCUUCUGAUUAAAAAAAAAAAAAAAAAGUGCAUGUAAUAGAGGAUCAUAUUCAUUUGGCAAAAUUUGCACAGCACUAGGGAACCCAUACUGUAAACCUGCAGAUGGAGAUAGAUUUACUGCUCCUAGAAUGUUUUCCACAGAUACCAAACGAUGCAAUUUACCUUGACAGGAUGUUUAAUAUAAUCUAAAUGGUGAAUGUUGCAGAAUGUUGGGGUUAGCUGUUACUUGAAAAACAUUUCAUUAGUUGGUGCUUAUUUACAAUUUUAGAAAACAGCAGUAAUCUUAGAACGUGCCAGUCUCACACAGCAUCCUUUUAAAUAUACAUCCUUGCAGGAAACUGAAUUUUCUAGCUACAAUGCAAAAGUUGCAUGGAACAGUCCUAAACUAACAAUACUCCAGCAAUCCCCAGGACAGGUGUAUGCUUUAGCAAGGCAGUAAUAGUCCUUGUUAAAUGUCACAUAGAAGUGAAUGUAGUAAAAAAUUGCAGUUUGUAACUUAAAAGUAUAUUGAAAUAUGCCACUGACUAUGGGUAAGCUUUGAAAUAUUUGCUUGAUGUGGCCUAUUUGGUAUAACACUUAAUGGGCUUUCAUACUAAACUGAUAGAUUAGUAAUUCUUGUGAACACAGUGAAAAAAACCUGUCCAGUUAUCUCUUAGUUUGGACGUUUAUUAUGUUUUAAGUGUAAAAAUUAGAGAACCAAGCAGGAUUUAUUCUGAUACUUUAAAUAGUUUGUUCCCCAUGGAAAUGUUUAUUUUAGUAUCAGCAUUUUUGGUUUUGAAAUAACUGAGAAAGAGAGAAAGAAAGUUGGGAGCAGGAGGUUAGUGGAGCCCUCCCAUCUAAUCUGGUUGGCAGUGAGUGUGGUGCUGAUUCAGACUUGUAGGAGGCUGUGGAGAUGAGUGGUAAGUUAAAGCAAAAAUAUAGCCUGGAGAAAGUAAAUGUGAAAGCAAAAAAUUAUCAAAAUGCUCCGUGGAAAACAUGCCUGUACAUCCUCCAGGAUUUGAGCCUUUUAACUUUACAUUUAUAUUGCACGUAUAUUCUGCAGAAGUUUGUCAUCCUGUAAAAGUGCCACCAGAAUUAAAUGCUGUCUUUCAGCUUUAUGUAACCUCUCUCAGCUGCUUCUGAUUGAUGUUAACUACACAAUGAUUUUCUUACUGUAGCAUUAAAUGGUGAAACUUUGUAUUAGAAAAACAAAAAUGCAUUUGUUAUGCCUUGCAGCUAUAUUAGCAUGUGUUCAGAUUGAAUGUUUUAAGUUUCAGUACUGUAUUCCUCUUAGUCAUGCAGCACACUAGUCAAGGAUACUUGAUUAUACUAAAAUCGAAAUUUCAGUAUACUAAAAAAGUAUACUAAAAUAAGUAUACUGAAGAAAUGUACAUUUCAUUUUAUGGUUGAAAAGUUGGAAGGAAGUUUUUGAUAGUUUACACAUGUAUCUGUCAGGCUCUUGCUGAUCUACAGGUGUGUUGUUUAUGUGGAAGCUGUACCUUUCAUUUGGUAGCGGGAGCACAGACAGAACACUUGGUGCCAUUUUCCUGUUAAGAGACAAAAGCAUGAACAUAAAUUAAGUGGGUUGUGUGUUUAUACUUCCUUAUGGCUUUGAGAAGGCAGCACUUCUUCCUUGCAAAAACACAGUUCUCAAAGCAGUGUUACCUGUUCAAAAGGCAAAUGUCGGUGUAAAGAUGCUUUUUAUCACUGUUAGUAUGGCUUCCUGUGACAUUGCUUUUUCCUGAAGGGCUUUGGCCUGCAUGCAAAAAUCUCUGUUUUAAAAUAAAAAUUUUAUAAAGAGAGAUUACUUUAGGCUAAUUCCUUCUCUUCACAGUAGCUGGCAUUCAGCCUUUUACAUCAGUCACAUAAAGCAGAUAUAACACGUAUGUUUAUAAACUGCAUUCACAACCUUCAGUGAAAACCUCUCUCUGUGGUGAUGAUACAUGCACCCCUAAAACAGCAUAGACAAGACAAACACUUGUUAUUUGGAAGCAUCAUCUUCUAUUCAUAGAAAUCAUUUUGGCCUGUGGCUUUUUAUACAGUUUACACUUUUAAUGGCUGAAUUGUUUUAGUUAAUAAAAAAUAA